CGAUGAAACUAUUACUACCCUUACUUAACACCACAGGGAAAAAAAUGUGGAAUCAGUGAUGACACAAACCCUCCUGGAAACCAAGAUGCACCAAAGUCAGGGCGACAUAAGUUUAAAUGUUACCGAAUCUUCUAUGAAUUCAUAUAAUGCCAGUGUGUCUCCAUAUAAGAUGACUGUCUAUAAAAUGUCCAGAAACUUAACCGAAAGCGUUCCGGGAAUUUUCUCUUCCCAAAAUCUUACAGAUAAUUUAACAGGACUCCUGAUGUGGAAUGAAGCAGAUUUUUUUUGGGACGAUUCUUGGUUAACCGAUGCGAAUAAUGCAAGCAACUUAACCGAUAGUGGGAUUCUUUACAAUUUCAGCGAUUUUGACAAAGUGAACAUGACCAUGCCUGGUUAUUGGUUUUGCGCUCAAUGGACUGCGGCACAACAAGACUUAUUUCAAACAGCGCACAUUUUUGUUGCUAUGGCUUUCUUGGUACCACAUAGUUUCAAAAGUAGUAUUAUUAUUGUCAGAGCACUGUUAGCGCUAGGAUUUCUCAUUUCGGCUCUAUGGGCUGGGAGCGAUAUUUGUGCUCCUGAUGUGAUGAUUUGGAAUUUUACUUUGAUGCUUGUGAACGUUGUCCAUGGAGUAUUACUAAUUAUACGGAUAAUACCGCCAACAAUGUCAGUAGAGUUAGCUGAUUUGUAUCUACGCCUCUUUAAGCCAUUGAGAGUGUCCAAGAAACAUUUCUCUGAGUUAACACGCGAUGCCCGUAUUUUGCUUCUAGAAGCGGGCGAACCUUAUGCUUUAGAAGAAGUUAGUCCUGCGGAUGAGCGUCUGUCAAUACUACUACGUGGGAAAUUAAAAGUUUCAUGUGAUGGAACGCAUUUGCAUUAUAUUAAUCCUCAUCAGUUUAUAGAUUCUCCAGAAUGGGAAGCCAAUCAUGAACAUAGUGAUGAUGUAUUUCAAGUAUCAAUAAUGGCAGAAGAAGACUGCUAUUAUUUAUGCUGGCCAAGAAUGAAAUUAGAAAGGGUUCUUCGCCACAGACCAUCUUUGAAAGUUGUCUUGGAUAGCAUCAUAGGUAAAGAUAUUACAGGAAAGUUGUAUUCGCUAAAUGAGCAUCUUUGUUUACGCAAUUCCAAAGGAUUAACAGCCACAAAAAAUGGUGACCCUUUUCCAAAUGCUACUUUGUUUCGUAGUAUAUCUGUAGACGCUGUCUAUACAGGAACACGCGGCAGAGUACGUUCUGAUGAUUGGAAAGCUCAAGAACGUAGAGACUCUUUUCCUACAUCACACAAAUCUUCCUCCGAAAGACAUUGGUUUCCAUAUGUUGCACGUCAUUUUCCUGAACAUUUUCCAUUUCCGCAAUCGCGACCUCCAACCGCAUUGCCGCCUUAUCCUGCUGCUACACCGCCUCCAUAUGUUACUACUUCGCCGCCAGUGAUACAUCAAAGCUCGGAUAAAAUGUUGGUGCCAAUUCUUUCGCCGCCACCUCCAGCAGCUCCACGGCCCAUGCGUAGAGUGCGAGAAGUUAAAUUUGCCGAACCAAAGGAUGUAAAAGCUCUCCGAAGAUCUGAGCAGCCUGUAUGACCUGGGGCAAGCUGGCGCAUUCGCGAGGAAUCGGAGAGCUCCGAAGAAGACUCGAUGUAGACAUCGCGCGUCAGCUUCAAACCGGAUUAGCCGGAUAAUAUAACUAUUAAAUGUAAUAAAUAAUUUUAACCCUUGUGGACUCA